AUGGCUGAUAGUUUAGAUUUUUUGUUUCUCAGUCUGCAACACUUUAUCUUUAUUUGCAAGCCGACAUUUUUAAUGCAUUAUUUAAUCAAGCAAGUCUGUCAUUUUGAAUACGCACUCUCUCCACAUCUAAAUAGGCACAGAGGUGUUCCUUAUCGUGUGGGUAGAAAAAAAUUGUUAUUAGUGAUUUUAAUUGGACAAUUUAAAGGAGUUAUAAAUGAAAUGCUAAUCAAGGAGCUGCAGUCGUUGCCUCAUAUCAAAACUGAACAUGAAAUUGUUUGCCAAAUAUUUUAUGAACAAAUUCAAGAAGUGAUAAGAUAUUAUCUUGACUCUUCAUAUGCAAGUACAAAAAGAUUUUUGAUUGUUUUUAAAAGGACAAUAGAACCAAAUCAAUUAACUUGUACCACAGUUAGUUUGAUUUUUAUUUUGUCAACUAUGGUGAUUAAUAAACCACUUAAAUUAUUAAUAACUUCUCCCAAAUUUUCGCUUUUUAAAGACUUUCAUCUCCUCCUUUUACAUUACGAUAAAAAAGUUCAGCGUGAGACUGCCAGAAAAGUCUUGUUCGCUAAAUGUCGACUGAUGAAAUUUUGCUGUAAAGUGGAAGGGUGUUGGAAAAAAACAUCUAUGAAUGAAGCCAUAUUUCAAAUAUCUUCAUCGCAUUUGAAUGGCGAGGCAGUUGUUUUGCUAAAAUUGACAUUUUGGAAAACUAACACUUUUCUUCGGUUAUUACAACGUUUGGAAUCUGAAGACCUCAACUUAUUUUAUGUUGCGCAGCUGAAGGCAGAGACUAGUUUUGAAAAUGGUGAUUAUAAAUACAUUCUUCGCCUUUCUUUCGCCACCACGCCAUUUCAUAAAAACUUGAAACACAAAUCCGUUCUUUUAAUGGUCAUUGCAUCGCCUAAAUACAAUAUUUCUAGCUUGACUAAAGCGCAUUCAUUACUGGAGUUCGUCGGAACGCAUAAUGAAUUAUUAAAUGAUUGUGUUCCCCCUACUGCAUGUCAAAUGCGACUCCUAUCGAUAGAGACUGCUUUGGAAGUUUGUAAUCCAAAAAAAGAGGCUAUAAAAUAUUUAUGGAAUGAUUUUUUCAUUGGUUCCCUGUCCAGCAGGCACUUAUUAAGUUUUACUCGGGAUUCAAGGUUUUAUGAAACCUAG